GGCUGGUCAGGGAGGAUGUUUCUUUGCUGAGAGCAAAAGAGAAAAGUGGGCGAUGUUGCAGCUAGGAUUCUCUUUAUGGACAAUUUGGGAAGGCUGCUGAUAGAGUGCACAAGGCUACAGCUGGUUUUCACCUCACAGCUUGAGAGACCAUUAUCAACGCAGUAUUUUUUAUUUUUAGGUCACUUCUGAAAAGGAAUACAAAAAAAAUGUCGUCUCCAAGUCCGGGCAAGAGGCGAAUGGACACCGACGUGGUGAAACUCAUUGAGAGCAAGCACGAGGUCACCAUCCUAAGUGGACUCAAUGAGUUUGUGGUCAAGUUCCACGGCCCGCCCGGAACACUGUACGAAGGAGGUGUGUGGAAAGUUCGAGUGGAUCUACCAGAUAAAUACCCGUUCAAAUCGCCAUCGAUAGGAUUCAUGAAUAAAAUAUUUCACCCUAACAUCGAUGAAGCGUCAGGAACUGUGUGUUUAGAUGUCAUUAAUCAAACAUGGACAGCACUCUAUGACCUCACCAACAUUUUUGAGUCGUUCCUCCCUCAGCUGCUUGCCUACCCCAACCCCAUUGAUCCUCUGAAUGGAGAUGCAGCUGCCAUGUACUUGCACCGGCCAGAGGAUUAUAAACACAAGAUCAAAGAGUACAUCCAGAAGUACGCCACAGAGGAGGCACUAAAGGAGCAGGAGGAGGGAGGGGGUGACUCAUCUUCUGAGAGCUCCAUGUCAGACUUUUCGGAGGAUGAGGCUCAGGACAUGGAGUUGUAGUGAAGAGGAUAUUAUGAUCCCCUUCACCUCGCAGCAGACUGUCAUUUCCUAAAGAGCAGAAACUCUAUACUAUAUUCAUAUUUAAAAAAGACUUCUUUUUUUUUUUUACUGAAACAAAGAUUUUUAUUGCUACACAAGGAUUUGCAGUAUGGUAUUGCA